GAUGUUUGGAAGAUUAGUCUUAUCAUGACCACGUGAUAACACAGAUGGUUUACAUACCCCGUAGGCUUGUGAAAUGGUUUACUUUCUAUUGUUGAUGCGAACUGACGUUUACUGGCUGUAAGACAUAAUGAAUGAUAUGGAGCGCUUUCCAAAAAACAGAAUGAAGGUGACCAUUUUGGGGGACAAUCGCGUAGGGAAGACGUGUUUAAUGUUGCGCUAUAUGUAUGACUCCUUUGACAUCGAUCCUCGAAUUUUGUACAUAGAUUUCAGAAACAAGGCAGAUAUCAAUAAGCAUUUUCGACCACUAAUAACGAGUUCUCUCAGAAACUUUGCCGGUAUUAUUAUAGUUUUUGACCUGACCAGCAAGUCCAGCUUCGACGACAGCCAAUAUUGGUUGCAACAGGUUCACGAACAUGCCCGAGAAAAUGUUGACAUUAUACUGGUCGGCAACAAGGUUGACCUGGCCGAGAGCCGAGUCAUAGACCACGAGACGGCCUCCUCCCUGGCCCAGACCAUUGGGGCCAUGUAUGUCGAGUGUAGCGCUAAAACAAGGGCCAACGUCAACCUGGUGUUCAACUCGCUGGCAAGCAAGUGGGCCAAACACGUGCCUGUCCAACAGGAAGAGCCCAUACGUUUAGAAUCAGAGACAUUUUACCAGGUUCCUUGUUAUGGGAAAGAUACAUGUUCGUUAUUCUAAAUCACAAAGAUAGCGCAGAUUUGUAAAAGUUUAGAAGAAUCAGAGACAUUUUACCAGGUUUCUUGUUAUGGGAAAGAUACUAUUUCGUCAUUUCAAUUCAAUAAAGAGUGCAGAUAAAAAAAAUUAAAAAAUCAUCGAAAUUUACCAGGUUCCUUGUUAUGGAAAAGAUACAUGUCCGUUAUUCUAAGCCACAAACGU